AUGUCGUUGCCUAAUUUCCGUCCAAAAGAGGAGGAAAUGAAAAGGGUGUUUGACAAAUUUGACACCAACAAAGAUGGAAAGAUCUCAAAAGAAGAAUACAAAUCAGCCAUGAAGAUGAUGAGAGCUGCAGAUACUGAUGGGGAUGGGUUCAUUAAUUUUGAGGAGUUCAUGAGAGUGCAGAAUCUUGAAGGUGGUGUGAAUCCAACUGAUAUUAAAAGCGCAUUCAAGGCAUUUGAUUUGGAUGGUGAUGGCAAAAUUAGUGCAGACGAAUUGUUGCAGGUUCAGCGAAUGCUAGGAGAAAAAUGUAGCUUGGAGAAUUGCAAGAAAAUGGUGAGAGGUGUUGACGCCAAUGGGGAUGGACUUAUAGAUAUGGACGAAUUUGUGACCAUGAUGACGCGCACCAUGAAACUAGUCUAG